AAGAAAACAAAAGGAUGGAUACUUGAAUAACGUCAGAUGUUAAUCUUUGGAAACAAGAAUUUGAAAGACCUGGUUUACCUAACUUUAAUAUGGUGUGCCGUGAACUCAGUAAAUCACGUUCGCAUAUGAAUUUCCGUAGCAGUGAUAUUGUUGUCGUGGGUUACGAUAGUAUUGAAUAUCCGGCUAAUAAGUACGACCAGAUUUUCCGACAUAGUUGGGAAAGGCUGGUCGUUGAGAACGUGAUUUCUCAACAGAGCUGUGUGAAGCAGUAUGUUCUGAGUCUUAAUGCAAAGAAAAAGUGGGUAUUAGAGGGAAUCCCACCACAAGAGAUGUCUCGUAACCAAUUCAAUUUUGUGUACUCACUUUUGUUUCCGGAUGUUAAAUCCAACGAGGUUCCUUUGGAUUCGAGAGAAGAACUGUUGAGGGAGGUAACACUAAAUCAUGAAGAUUUAUAUCCUUUUGGCUCUAAGGCUAUGCAAACCGUUUCAAUUACAUUCACCCCUCAGGAAGAGGAAAUCUACCUUGAAGCGCAGCAGUACGUACAAGAAAAACUGAAAGACGUUAUCCUUGUCAACACAGAAUUCAUUCAGAAUCUGGAACGUUGGAUUAUAAGGCUCAGGGAAAUGGCGUCACACAUAUCCCUACGUCUCAAAAUGGGAGAUAUAGAAGGGAAUCCUAAAGCUUGGGCUGGGUUCAACAGUAUUACAUCAGACACCAAGUGUACGAUUUGUCAGGAUUAUUUAAAGAUCAUCAAAACGGUGACUGCAUGCGGCCAUUGUUUUUGUGAAACUUGCUGGUUUGAUUGGUUCCAUACAAACAUAACAUGUUGUUUAUGUCAGAGACUUGUGGAUACUACUAGAUUCUUUUCCUCCCCUUUGGAUUGCGAAAGCUCAAAAGUAAGGGAAUUGGUAAGCUUUUUAUGCAGACCAGAGAACUUGCACAAGAAGUCAAUGGUGACUUCAAAAUUUGAAUUGCUGUUAGGAUGGCUGGAAGAGCAUUUGGGAGGAUUGGGUUUGACAGUUCACAGGAUUGGUGGUGAGAUGACUACUCAAGAGAGAUUUCAAAUGGUUAAGGAGUUUGAAGAUGAUGCUAAUGUAAUGGUUUUGCUGAUACACGUAAAGUAUGUUACCAUGGAAUUCACUUCAAUCCAUCAUGUUUUUGUGAUGGAAGCUAUGAAGAUAUCAGUUGAGAAUGAACUACUGAGUCAUUUUAAAGGAACUGAAUACAGCGCUCGUAGGUUUAUAGUCAAUAAUUCCAUUGAAUCCAAAAUCGUGGGAAUGCAUGAUGAAGUACCAGAAUAUUUUGAAGAAUUUAGUGGAGGUGAAAUGCAUAAGAUUUUAACCUAGGGAGGUGUUCUUUGUUUGUUGUUUUGCAUAUCUUUUUGCAAACUCUGAUACCAUUGC